AUGUAUGGAUGUGAAAAUGGUGAAUUUUUAGGAGUAAAUGGAACGCCAGAACAUGUUCACAAUGCAUGCGAAAAAAGUUUACAAAGAUUAGGCAUUGAUUGUAUUUAUAUUUAUUAUCAACAUCGUGUUGACCCCAAUGUACCAAUUGAAGAUACUGUUAAAGCAAUGGCUGAACUUGUUAAAAAGGGUAAAGUUAAAUAUCUUGGGCUUUCUGAAUGUUCUGCCAAUACGCUUCGACGUGCUUAUCAAAUACAUCCAAUUGCUGCUGUUCAGUCCAUGGUCUCUUGA